AUCUGCUCAAAAAUGGCAGCCAAAUUUUCGAGGUUUCACGAGAAUCGUUCUUACGAGGUAGCUGACCUAAACUCUUUAAAGAGUCUAAUUAUUGCAGAACUCUUGAACCAUUUAAUUCUAUGGAGGUCUGUUUGUUAUGAGUUUCCUUUUCUGUGCCAUUAUAGAGUGCAGGUGCCGAUCUAUCUCAUUUUGAUGAUGAUGAACCAACUGUGGAAAAGGCGACCUUGGAUGCACACAUCACUGAGGUAAUUAAUAAUGAUUACUGAGCUCCAUACGUUUACUAAUAGUGACUAUUAGUUACAUUUUUAAGCGUGAAACAAAAGAUCGAAAUUAAAGCUUAGAACCUUUAUUUUAAGUAAGCAUAACUGUAUCGGUGUAUGCGAGUGCAUUGGACAGAUAACUAUUUUAUUUGAAAAGACAAUUUAGAUUCAAGUGGUUGUUGGUUUCCCUGCUGAAUUUUUCAGUGCGUAACGUUUUCAGGAAAAUAUUGGAUAUCAGAUGGCUUUGCGACUUGGUUGGAUCAGUGGAUCUGGACUUGGGAAGAAGAAACAAGGUAAAGAGCAGUUGUAUCAUAGUCAGUUGUGUACUUUGAAUUAAAGUGCCCGUUUUAAUUGUAGAGCUUAACUUUGAGUUUGGUAACGCUAGUGACUAUUGAUAGUUCUUUCAAUACUUUUAUCAAAAUGCCAGCUAAAAGCUGUCACAGUGUGACUUUGAGUCUUUUUUACCGUCACUAAUAAACAACUUAAAAAAUUCCUGCUUACAUCUCGUUUCAGGUCGCACAGAACCAAUACCUCUUGUCAUGAAGGAGGAUUCUUUAUGUAUCGGCCGUCUUACUCUUGAGGUGUGUAUCUCUCUCUGUCAUCUCUAAUUACAGAUCUAACAAAGUGAUUGAUAAUCACAGACCUUUCAAGUAAAUCGCACAUGCUUUCAUCUCAGUGGAGUUCCUUUAUUUAAUAGUAACAUAGUAAUUUAUAGAACUAGUAUACUAAGGAUUUAAUUUGUUUUGAACUUUAAACAAUGGACAAAAUUUCACACUUGUUUAGUAUGUAUCUGUUAUAACAUAGUUAGAAAUUAAUUUCAGGUUGCAAAUGGUUUUAAGUGAUUUUUGGUUUGAUAAUUUUUUCCCUUUGUUCCAGGUACAUUACAUUAUUUCUUAACAAAGGAAAAUACAAGUUAUCAUUUUAAACUGGAAUCAUAUUUAUAAUCAUUGUUUCCAUUUAUUUUUUUUUUCUGUAUAUGAGAUGAUUACUCUAUGUAAUACUUAUAUAUUUUGUAUAAAUUUCUAUUGGUGAAUCCUGUUAACUCUUUACAAUUUAGGUGCAUUGGCACAGGUUUUAAAAGUUCUUAUGAUUUCUUUAUGAUCAUAAUUCUGCGGUAAAGUAUCUAAGUAUCAGUAUGGACCUCAAGUCAAUUAAUACAUAAGAAAAUAUUUGAGUUGGAAACAUCUGGUUUGUUUUAUUUCCUGGUCAGUUUGAGCAAGCGGAUGAAGCUACUCGUAACAGGAAAGUUUUGGAGAUUGAGAAAGAAGAUAAUGAAGAACUGCAGCAAAAAUAUCAGGUUUAAGUUCCUCUUUGUAUUACCCAGGAAUAACCUUUUUUUGGAUCUACAAAGAAUAAACAAUGAAGCAAUAAUAUUGAUAAAAAGUAGUUACCUGAUAAAUGCACUACCAUUUUUAUAAUUUGAUUGAUAUACUGUUUAAAGUAAGUUAAAGGACAUUGACAGAAAACUUUUGUUUGUUCGUUUCUACAGAAUGAGCAAGAGAAGGAAAAAGCAAUCGAGGAGAGCUUGAAAGAUCUAAAAGAGAUGUUCUAUUGUGAACUUUGUGACAAACAGUAUUUUAAAUACAAGGAAUAUGAUAAUCAUAUCAACUCUUAUGACCAUGCACACCGCCAGGUUAAGUGACAUCUUAAUAACCCUAAGCUGAAAACAUUGUUUUGUUUCAUAGAGUAUCUUCAUGCCUUGAUUUGACAAAAAUCUUUUGACAUAAACUCAGGAUGAUAUUGAUAAAGCAGUUUAAUUAUUUUCUGGUAGACUUUUGGUUCAGACUUUUAACAAAUUAAUCUUAAAUGACUGUACAACCCACCCUUUGAUGUAUUAUUCAAUACUGAUUUCUUUUAUGGCAAUCUUUCCACAGCGACUCAGGGAACUUAGGCAAAGAGAAUCAACCAGAAAUAUUUGUAAGUUAUAUGGAAUCUGCUUCAAGGUUUUUUUUCCUCCUUAUUUCUUUUGUUAAUCAAGAUGUUCACAGUUGAUUUUCCUGGAAGUCAUGUUGCCCAAAACCUAAUAUAUGUUUCCUGAAAUAAAAAGUCAAGUUGCCCCAUCACUCUGACGAAGGGCUAACGCUCGAAACGUCAGCUUUUUUACCCUUUACGGUGGCUAAUUUACGUUUUCAACCCAGUUGUUAACACUAAAUUACCUGCCAUUUUUUUAUCUCUUGUUUCGUACUCAUAGAUGUUUUUUUAAACUUGAGGAACUUUAUCACUCAAUGGUGUAGGUUGCCAACAACAACAUGAAGACAAAGAAAUUGAUUAUGUGGUCAGAACUACAAUUUGUUUGAGUCAUGACUCUAAAAGCGUUGUUAGAAACAAAAUGCAGCAUUGAACAGUCUAUUUGGUAGUUUAUGUUAAUUAGGUCUAUGUUGUGUGCUUUCUUUGUUUCUAUGCUAGGUUUUCUUUUGUAUUUUGUGUAUUUUGGCUGUUAUCUUCCAUUUGUUCAGGUUUAGUUUGCAUCUGCUGAAGUUUAGUUCAGGUUUAUUUUCUUCCUUUAGGACAAUGUGAUACAUUUGUUUCAAUCUGUUUCCUCUGCUUCACUAUAUGUUUUGCAUUGAUUUGUUUAUUCGAUUAACAAUUUAAGAGUGAAGAUGUCUGUGAAUACAAAGAUUGUUCUUUUUAGUUUAGCACUUUCGUAAUACUCUUCAGAUCAUAGGUUGAAUUUAGUAAACCUUGUUUAUGUUGGUUGUAUGUGUUUGCUAAAUGUUUGAAUCAGGUUGCAUUUACAAUGAAAUUUCACUAUUGAAGGAAUGGUAAUACAAGUAAAUACACCAAAAGGUUGUUUUUAUUAAUCGCUACCUUCAGUGGUUUCUAAAAAUAUACCAUUACAUAUAACAUUUUGAUGUUCUUACAAGUGAUAAAAAUUGGGGGACAUGACUUUGGGCGAGAUGAAUUUGCAUGACUUGACCAGUUACCACUCAAGAAGGUGGUGUUUUAUUGUUAGAAAUUCCAAACAAGAGCUUUAUUUGUGUAAAUUUUUACAGCUCAUGAUAUGAAUUUUUCUUAUUGUAGUUGCAAAGAAGAAAAAAGAACAGAAACAGAUGGAAAAGGAACUGAUGAGGCUCCACCUUAUUUCUGGAAAGAACACUGAAUCAAGGUUAUUGUACAUUGCAUUGACUUAAGUAGCCCUCUUUUUCUCAUUUUAUUUUAUUUGUCCUUUAACUCUUUAUUAUUUUAUAAAUCUGUCACUUAGGUAAGCUCUGUAAUGGAGCAAAUCAGGCUGAAUGAAUUAAUACCUAGAGUGUUGUGAAUUUUCUUGCUAAUUUCAAUAAUUCUAUUUGUUUUUGUUUAUGUUUUUUGUAAUCAGCAGUGGCAAUGGAGGAUUUAAGUCAGUGUUCAAGUCUUCAUCUACUGGUCCAAACAGCACAUCGGGUUUUAAGCCAAUCUCAGCACAUAAGAGCUUUCAAGCAGUCCCACCUCCAAAACCCUUUGAAUUUGCACCUCCUCUUCCAACUGAGCCUGCUCCACCCCUCCCUGAUGAACCAGUCCCUCCACCUCCACCACCACCUUUAGCACCAUUAGAUCAACAAGCUAAGAAGCCUUUUAGCUUCAAAAUGGGUUCAUCUUCUGAGCAAGGUCAGCCCCAGAGACCUAUUGGUAUAUCUACUGCAAAGCAGGGUCUUUCUUUCAGUCUUGGGGAAAAAAAAUGUGCAAAUGUUAUACAGUUUGGCUUGAAAUCUAAACCUACCAAGACUACUGCUGCUGCUGCAUUUGCUGAAUCAAGUAGUGAAGAAGAGGAAGAGGAAGACAUAACAGAGGAAGAAACAAGAACAUCAUUUGAGAAUGAGGAACUUUCUUCCACACCAACACAACAACAGGAUACCCUUGAAAAAGUAAUAGAGUAUGCUGAUACUUUGAGAUUGAAGGAGGCUCUUAGGCCAAAACUGUUGAUAAGGUUUGUGAAAGGGACAGAACAGGGUGGAGUGCUUCCUGGAACUUUACCAACUUCAGCUGAUAAAGGAAACACUACAUACAAGUCCCAGGAACUCCACAGAAAAUUCACUGAGAAGAAGGAGGUGAAAAGUCAAAAUGAGAGAGUUAACACCAAAGAUUCAGGAAACAGGGGAGACAACUUGAAGGAUGGAAGAACUAGCAGUUAUCAAAGAGAUAGGAUGAAAGAUUACAAACAUGGGAAGAAUUCUAGUGAUCAGAGAGAGGAUUUAGAAAGGACACAUAAGCGAAGGGAGGAAAAGUAUAGGUACAAUCGAUCAAAAGAUUGUGAUGAAAAGAGAGAGUAUAGGAAACAAGAAAAGAAUUCCAGGGAUAGAGAAAGUAAGAAUGAUAAGCAUGACCACAAGGAAUUUCGAGACGCAGAACACUCCAAAUAUGGAAGAAAAACAUCAAAUAUGAAAGAGGAAUGUAAUGAAGGAAAAAGAAAAUAAAGGGAAAAUUUGGAAGCUACAUAACUUGGCAAAAUAAAGAACUAUUGUAAAUUGAAUAGCAAGCAACAGCUGUAUUACUCCAAUUAACACUUGUUUCCAAUAGCUAUAAUAAUUACAAUGAUUCUUGAAGGACAAGUUACAUGUAAGUUUUCUUUGAAACUGGAAAAAUAUAUCUAGUCUUGGUAGGUGAUUUUUUCUGGAUGUGUAUGUUAGUGUCUAAAUACUACUUCUUAUCAAACAAUUUUAAAUAACCUUUGAGGCCCUCUCAAUGAACACUCUUUCAAGUUGAAAGCUCUUCUUACAAUUUUUAAUUCAACGUGACAAAAUACCAUUUCUUACCAAUUUGUUAUAAGAACUUUGUCUUCCUCUUCGAGGACUCAAGAUUUUUACUUUUCUAAGGGUGCCAGAGAUAGGGGUGUUAAUUGUAGCAUUUAAUGUUUAAAAUGAUUAAAGCAGACUAGGGUUUUAAUGAGCCCCAAUAAAAUUCAUGAGUAGAACUACAUUUAGAGAAAGAUUGUGCUCUUAAUUCUUUUAAAUGAAGAUUAGAAGAAGAUUAGAAAAACAAAGGACAGCAACAACCCCACAAAUCUGCUCUUUAUAUUCACUUUGCAUUUUUAUUUUCAAUUAUAGUUCAAUAUGUACAGCUAAUGUGUACCAAUUUAAAGGUGCCUUCCUGUAAAGAAAUUGAAUCAGAACACAC